CCCGCGCGCGCAACGGCGCGCUCCGAACUAGAGUUCACUUUUUUCAGAGAACUUUCCAUCUGCCUGUCUUCGCCCCGGUGGAGCAAGAGAAAAGGAGAGUAGAGCCUUUCCCUUUAGAAAGCGAGGCUGGCGAGCCUUGAAUGCCUGCUUGGGAAUAUUUUCCCUCCGGAUGGAGCAAAUGAGGCAUCUUCUGAAAGGGAAGAACAGAGGUCACUUCUGCUGAAUGAUAUGGAGAAGAGGCAGUUCUGAUCAGCAAUUCUUAGAGAAAGUAUGGCAAGAAAGCAAGUGAAAGAAGUUGGCCGAAGAGAUCAUAGAUGACCCAUGAUAGAUGAUCCAUUCCUGAGAAUGAAGAAACUCAAAUGCUUCUAUAUUUGUCCAAUACGAAGGCAUAUUUUAAUACUGGUUUUAAUAGUUGUCCUGCUUUUGCUGCUCAAAGCUGAUAGGAUUUUAUUCUUUCACAAAGAUGUGUACUUUGUAGAACCAUCUUUAAGUACCUCAUCAUUUGUGAAAAACAAGUACAGCCAUGUAAAAAAAUAUGACCAAUAUAAAAUUAAUUGUUCCUUCAUCUAUAAUCAAGAUCCCAUUGAGAUUGGAAAGUCUUUAGAGAUAAAGAAAAAAAAGAUUAUUGAUUUAGAAGAUGAAGAUGUUAUAGCAAUGACCAGUAACUGCCAGGAAUACCGAACAAUUAGAGAAUAUCACCUGAAGGCCGUUUCUCCAGAAGAAGAAGAAUUCCCUGUAGCUUAUUCUCUGGUUGUUCACAAAGAUGCCAUAAUGGUCGAGCGGCUCAUUCAUACAAUUUAUAGUAGUCAGAAUGUCUACUGUAUUCAUUAUGACCAAAAGUCUUCUGACACUUUCAAACAGGCUUUGGAGAAUCUGGCCAAAUGUUUCUCUAAUAUAUUCAUUGCAUCCAAAUUGGAAGUGGUUGUGUAUGCCUAUAUUUCAAGGCUGCAGGCAGACUUGAAUUGUUUAUCUGAUUUAUUGAAAUCUGCAGUUCCAUGGAAGUAUGUAAUUAAUUUGUGUGGCCAAGAUUUUCCCCUGAGAUCAAACUUUGAGCUGGUAUGUGAACUUAAGAGACUUAAUGGAGGUAACAUGUUGGAGACUAUCAGACCAAGCAGUAGUAAAAAAGAAAGAUUUACCUAUCACUAUGAACUUCAAAAAAGGUUUUAUCAAUAUAUGAAGGUGCCUGUGAAAACUAGUAUUUCAAAGAGUCCACCUCCACACAAUAUUGAAAUUUUUGUAGGCAGUGCAUACUUUGUUUUAUGUCGAGCUUUUGUACAAUAUAUUCUUGGCAAUUCCCACGUUCAAGAUUUUUUGGAAUGGUCAAAGGAUACUUAUUCACCGGAUGAACAUUUCUGGGCAACUCUUAUUCGUAUACCUGGAGUACCUGGACAGAUUUCAAGAGAAGCUGAAGAUAUCACAGAUCUUCAGAGCAAAACCCGUUUAGUAAAAUGGAACUACAAUGAGAACUUUCUCUAUCCUCCCUGCACUGGUAUACAUCUUCGCAGUGUGUGCAUCUAUGGAGCUGCAGAACUAAGAUGGCUCCUCAACCAUGGGCAUUGGUUUGCCAACAAAUUUGACUCAAAAGUGGAUCCUGUUGUAAUAAAAUGUUUGGCAGAAAAGGUUGCAGAACAGCAAAAGCAAUGGGUUGAUUUAGCUUCUGAAAAACGUGUUGUGCACAAAAUACUUACAGGUGUCUCCUAACAGUAUGGAAUAGUUAUGCGUAGAUUAUGUGGUAUUUUUAAAGUGAGGAAUUGCUCACUCGCAGUUACGAUGGUAACAGAAAAGUCCUUUCAUGACUCAUUCUCAUAUUUAUGACCUUUGCAGGUCUAUAAAGCAAAGGAAAGCUGAAGUAAGGUCACGAGCCCAAGUGCAGUUUCACUAGGUACUCCUUCACUUAAGAACCAAUUUUCCAGUCCCAGUUGUCAUUAGUAAACAAGCACUAUCUGUACAACUUCAGUAAUAAAAGAUUAGAGAGAAUGAGCUCAUUUAUAUUUGUUUAAGCCAAUGGUUCUCAAGCUUUUUAACCUCUCCCAUUUACGUCAUAUGUUUUCCCUUUAACCAGCAUAGAUUGUUCUUGCAUGCAGCUUGGAUGCUAGUCCAAAACUAAAAGAAGAAAAGAAGCAAGAACAAUAUUGUUCUGAUUUUUUUAAAGCCAAGUAAAGGGAAACAUUAAGACAAAGCAGCAAUCACUUGGGCCAGUCACUCCCUCUCAGUCCAGCCCACCUCACAUGAUUGUUGUGGGGAAAAUAGAAAGAAGGAACAUUAGGUGUGUUCGCCAUCUUGGGUUACUCAUAAAGUAAUAAAGAUAGUAAUAAAAUCAAUACAUAAUAAUAAACAGAUUAGAACGAAAGGCAGAUUGCAAAGUGCAGGCCAGGCACUAGAAGGGCAGAUGCUUCUGUACAAACCUGAUGUUCAGGUUCUCCUGAAGUCCAAGUCAAAAUGGGCAUGAAGGGCAGCACCCUGUGACCAAAAGUUGUGGCUACAGCAUCUUCACUUAUCCAGUAGGUCCUUGGAAGAAGCCAGAUGCAGACUGCAUUAAGAUCAAGGUUAUGAAUUCAGCUUUGUAGAUCAUUAGUAUGCCGAGAAUUGUGUUGGGAGAAGAUGGAAAACACUACCUGAAAUUGGAAUAACUGAAGACAAAUUUAGGUUGUCUUCCUAAAUUGUGACAAAGAUUGUGUCAUGAGGCUAUGUCCUCUAAAAAUGGACAGUAGGUUAACUGUGUGCCAAAGUGAGCUGGAAGAAAGGAUGAAACCCCCAAAAUGCUAUGAAAUAUUCAAUGCUUUGAAAAAGUGUUCUGAUGGUUGGUAUUGAAUGCUCCCUCAGGUUUUGGCUAAUGUGGAAUUUUUCUCUGCACAAACUCUUGUCCCUUAUUAAUUUUUCAUUCUUACCUCCAGCCCCAGAACUGUCUUACACUUUUCAAACCAUUGGUUUACCUCAUGUAAAAUGUUUGAUCAGAUUUUAUCUAUACUUUUGCUUACUGUCUUCAAAACUGAGUUUGAAGUUUUAAUAUAAUCAUGGAUUAAAUCUAUGCAAAACGAAUGAAAAUUCUACUAAAUUGUAUAUGCAAUUAUGAGAUGUAUAUUGUACAUCAGCUUUUGUAUAAAUUUAUGUAUGUACAUUGGGUAAUUAUAAUGUAAUUAUUUAAAUAAAAUAAAAUGUAAUAAAAUAAAUUAAAAUUUAUUUUAUCAUUUAAAUAUAUUUGAAAAUGAGAGGUGUAGAUACCACUUUUUCUACACAAAUUUCUCCUUUGCCAAAACUGUAAAAAAAGAAAGAUACUGAAGUCAGCAAUGCUGGUUAAAUGCAGUUCUCUCAUCUUGCUGGUGCCACCAUUGUUGUUGCAAGUCAGCAAUAAGUAGUACAAAUAAAAUGGUGAAUAA